GCGCGCGUGCGCGGCUCCGGCCGCCGCGGAUUGGCUGAGAGAGGGAGGCAGAGUCUUACGAGAGACAUUGGGGCGGAGUUAAUGCCCCACUGUUGCGGCGUGAAGACCAGGCGGGGCGGAGCUCAGCGGAAACAGGAAGUAGCUCUUGACUGGCACUCGGAACAGUUCCGAUGACUGUCCACAACCUGUACCUGUUUGACCGGAAUGGAGUGUGUCUGCACUACAGCGAGUGGCACCGCAAGAAGCAAGCAGGGAUCCCCAAAGAGGAGGAGUACAAGCUGAUGUACGGGAUGCUCUUCUCUAUUCGCUCGUUUGUCAGCAAGAUGUCCCCGCUAGACAUGAAGGACGGUUUCCUGGCCUUCCAAACUAGCCGUUACAAACUCCAUUACUACGAGACGCCCACUGGGAUCAAGGUUGUCAUGAAUACUGACUUGGGCGUGGGAUCCAUCCGAGAUGUGCUGCACCACAUCUACAGUGCGCUGUACGUGGAGCUGGUGGUGAAGAACCCCCUGUGCCCGUUGGGCCAAACUGUGCAAAGUGAGCUCUUCCGCUCCCGACUGGACUCAUAUGUCCGCUCUUUGCCCUUCUUCUCUGCCCGGGCUGGCUGAAACAUCCUACCUCACGCCUCAAGAGAAUUCGUGUCGGCCUGGGGUCCUUCCUAAUCUCUGCCACUGGAGGGACCCCACUGUAAGCCCCUACACUGCCCUUCUCCUAGGGCAGCAGCCUAAAGGCCUGUCCUGGUGUCCUCCACAUCACCAGAAUGAAGCCCACAGGAGUCCCUCCACCUCCAAACCAGGCCCUCUCUCCAGUUUUAUCCCAUACCUGACACCUCGAGAAUCACAGAAUAAACUUUUUGUCACCCGUU